AUGAUUUAUUCUAAAAUGAUAGAAAAAGAGGAGGAUCUUCAUUGUAGUUUAAAACAUCAACUUCCUAUUUUAAUGGUUAAUGUUGACGCAAAAUUAAAAAAGAAUGAAAGACUAUUAUGCACUGAAUGUAUGGAAAAUUUGGAAUCAACAGCCUAAUUAAUGAGUUUUAAGAAAAUUAGUUAAAAUAUUCGAGAAAUACAAAAAUAAAAGAAAGAAUGUAUUGAAGAUGUGAUUAAUACCAGCAUUAAAUAGAUUGAGUAAUUCUAGAAAGAGCUUUAGAUAUUAAAAUCAAAUGUUAUUCAAUAAUUAGAUAUAUUAAUUGGUAAUAUAGAUGAAUGGAUCAAAAAUGUAUAAAUAAUUGGAUAAGAAAAUGUUACUUAUAGUUUUUAUGACGAAUUGGAAAAUAUUAUUAACAAAACAAAGCCCAAUCAAUCCAAUUAGGAAUUUAUUAUUGAUUAAAUUAAUUAAAUCAACUAAACUUGGUAUCAUAAGCUUUUUAUUAAACUCAGUUUAUUUAAAUAAUUUGAAGAAAGUGAAUUAUGUGAAGAUAUAUUAAAAAAAAUCACAAAAUUUGAUUAAUUAAAAGAGAAUAUCAAAGUGUCAGAAAAGUAAGAGAUAUUACAAAAAAAUUAAUAGUAUUAAUUUCAAAAAUAAUAGAUGGCGGAUUAAUAAGUUGAAUUGA